CCGCCCCUCCCGACCUCCCAAAGGCGCGGUGACGCCGCCAAGGAUGCUGCUGGGCGGCGGCGGCGGCGGAGCAGAAGGAGGAAGAUGCAGGCGGCGAAGCGGAGCGAGGUGGGCGCCCCCGGAGGACCAUCGGCGCCCCCCGGGGAAGGCAAGCCCACCCGCCGCAUUGGGCGAGGGCCCCCUGGGCGCAGGCUCCCCGCACGGAGCGGCCCCCGCGGCAAGAUCGCCCCACCGGCCUCGCUUCCCAGCCCCGGCCCCACGAGCAGGAGGAAGGAGACUGAGGGCAAAAUGGUCCCCAGAAGUGGGCAUACGAUGACGGCACUUGUUGAUUCUAUACAGCAGAGCCAUCAGAUGCAGCCACAAAUCUUAAACUAUCUCAACCCGGGGUCAUUGCUGCAGACACCCGCUGCAGAAGUCAUGGAUGUGGCUUGCUCCAUUAGCCAAGUGCAGCCUGACCUUGUGAGAAGUUUGGAGACGGCUGUUGUGGAGAAACUCCUUCCUGUAGGUUACGAGCAAAGUUCUACUACACAAACCCAGACCCUGCGGGAUUUUGAGAAGCACCUCAAUGACUUGAAGAAGGAGAACUUCAGCCUCAAGCUGCGCAUUUACUUCCUGGAGGAACGGAUACAGCAGAAGUAUGAGGCCGGCAAGGAGGAUAUCUACAGUCGGAACAUCGAGCUGAAGGUGGAAGUAGAGAGCCUGAAGAGAGAACUCCAAGAGAAGCAGGAAAACUUGGAUAAAGCUUGGUCAGCAGUAGAGAACUCGCACAGUCAAAAUGAAGCAGAGCUCUGUCAGCAGCGAAAGAACAAGCAUGUUUGUGAGACCCUGGAGAAGAAAACCCACCUCCUACAAGAGGAGGUCCAGUCAGCAAAUACAAAAGCAGAAAAGAUGACAACGCUGGCUGAGACUGAGAAGAAACGUUGCCUAGAACUCAGCAAGCAGCUAAUUGAGCUCUCCAAAAAGCAGAAUGAGACUCAGAAAAGCCAAGAAAUGUACCGAGUUAAACUGGCAGAGAAAGACAAGAGGAUUGAGGAGCUGACCCAAAAUCUAAGAGACAAGGAGCAACUUCUUGAGCUGCUGUCUACAGAAAAACAGCACUGGCAGCAGUGUUUGGAGGAGCCUCAGCAAAUGAAAGAACAGAAUUUGUAUGAUGAUCAGCUGAAGCUGGCUCAGUCCGACAUAUUACUGGGCGAACAACCAUCUGAAUUGAAUAACUCAGAAGUGCUGGAGAAAAUCAACUGUUUAAAUGCCACCAACAAGCAGUUGCAAGAAAAACUGGAUGAGAUGACUUUUGAACUGAGGUCUGUUCAGCAUGCAUCCCAGACGCAGGGUCACAAAAUCCAGCAUUUGAAUGAGACCUUAAAGAGCAAAGAAAAUGAGUGUCAACAACUAAACGAUAUAAUUGGUGAGCAGAAUGAGACAAUAACCAAGCUGCAGGACAUGCUACAUAGAAGCCAACUUGGACAGUUGCAGAUCCCUGAGGGUUCUUCCACAUUGCAACAACAGCAAAUAGGGCUUCUUACUGUGCAGAACACGCUUUUUUCAACUCAGUUGGAAGUGCAGCGACUGAAGAGAACUCAGCAGCGAAAAGAUCGUCAGUUGCUUGAGGCAAAAAAGACCACCCAGUUGCUAGAGAUAAUGUUACAAGAAGAGCAGCAACAGAAGGAAGAGGCCUGGAAACACAAUAAGGAGUUGUGUGCCACGGUUCAGCAAUUAAAAACAGAGCUGCAGACCAAGAACUGGCAAUAUUGUACUUGGGAGAGGAACACCUCAUUGGAGAUGGAGCGACAAGAGCAGAAAAUUAAGCAUUUGAAUCACAAACUGAAUUUCAAAGAACAGCUUAUCCAGGAAUCUAAGGAACUCCUACUAUAUCUCCAAAAGAGGGAUAACAACUCCUCAUCUUCUGAUAAAAUGGUGCAGAGGUUACAGCAGCGAAUUAAAGACAGAGAUGCUGCCUUGGAGCGAGCAGUAGAUGAGAAGUUCUGCAUCCUUGAAGACAGAGAACAAGAACUGCACCAACUUCGUUUGUCUGUGAAAGAGCAAGAGCAAGAUCUAGAAAGACUGCACCAGGUCCUUUCCGGUAACAAGGUUACCAUCCAGGACCUGGAGAACAUGCUGAAAGCUAAGGACCUGGAACUUGAGCAUCUCUUGGCAACCUAUCAGAAUUUGCAGUGGCUGAAAGACGAGAUUGAAGCAAAAUCAUGUAGAUGGCAGUCAGAGCAAGGAGGAAUUAUCCAACAGCUGCAGACAGCUCUGCAUGACAGGAACAAGGAAGUAGAAGUCCUCUCAGCAACACUGCUGUGCAAGCUGGUGCCUGGGCAGAGAGACACAGUGGAAGAGCUGUACUUUCGCCUUCACAAAAAAGAGAAGAUAAUUGAGGAGCUCCUCCAUGACAAGAGCUUGCAAACUAUAGAACAAGUAACUGAACUUCAGGAGUUGCUUCAGGCGGUGAGCAGCAGAGAGCAGCAGAGUCAUAUAUCUUCUAAGAAGAUGAUACAAGCUCUAAUAGAAAGAAAUUGUGAACUGCAAACUCUUCAUCAGCAACUGAUGAGCCAAACUUUCCCACCCAAAAUGAAUGCUUCCUGUAUCCAGCUCAUACAAAAAGAGGUGUCUGAUGAAGCACUAAAACAAGGAAGUUCAAGCAAUACCAUAGUCUCUGAGAAGGAAAACGAUGGACCCAAGAUAGGACAAGGUGUUUUGGAGACAACUCUUGGGCUUCAAAAGGAACUCAUUAAUGCCAAAGAGAAGCUUGAGCUGUUGACACAAAAAGAGAGGGAAAGCAGAAUGGAACUCUCUGCUCUGCAGUCUGUGGUAGACUCCCAGGAAAAAGAGCUGCAGGUUCAGGCUUCGGAUGUUGAAUCGCUUACUAGAAGUAUCCAGAUAAAAGAAGAAUUCAUAAAGGAUUUGCAAAUGCAGCUGGUUGACCCUGAAGAAAUGCCAGCCAUUGAGCGACUUACCCAAGAGGUUUUAAUGCUUCAAGAAAAGAUAACCAGUGUGGAAUUGCAAGGACAGGAAGACCCAGGAAACAAGAAAUUGCAGCUGUUGUUGGCGCUGGAGGGCCUGGUGUCAGAGAGGAGUCAACUGAAUGAAACCCUGAAAACAGAAAAGCAACUCUACAGCAGUUUGGUUAAGCUUCGUGCUCAUUCUGUCAGCUCUGGACCUGAACACAUUCUGCAGGUGGAGCUGGAGGAGGUCCAGGCCCUCCGUAGGCAGUUGGAAGAGGCCCUUGGAAGAAGCCUGGAGCGCCUGAGCAGGCUGGAGUCAGUGCAUGGCAUUGGAGAUCUGACUGUGUCCGAUGAUGCCGAGGACGCUGGCACUGAGUUCACAGACAGCAUUGAAGAAGAGGCGACACAGAGAAUCGCCCAGCACCAGAGCAAUAAAGGAGAUGCUGAUGACAAUCUCGUGGGCUGUUAUUCCACGUGCCCUUCUCCGCCCUCCCUAGUGAGCGAAAAGGGCCUACCGGAGGAGCUGCUUACUGCAAAGUCUGAAAUUCAAAAUGUUUUAGAGCAGAAGAAUAAGCUGGAAGCGGAACUGCAGGAUCUCAAGGGGCAAAUUGAGGAAGCUGGGUUCUCCUCUGUGUCUCAACUCAGGAAGGCCCUGCUGAGCCUGUGCCUAGAGAACGCAGAGCUCAAGGAACAAGUUGGCGAAGCAAUGUUAUCAGAGGGUUGGGAGAAUGAAGACGCAAAGGAAGAUGAAGAAAACUUGAGGCUGGAAGUCAGAAAGCUACAAGAGAAGUUGCACAUGUCAGAGAUCGUGAUUGGACUCCUGAAAGAACAGCUCACUCUGAACACCCAAGAAAUGUCAACCAACCCUUCCUUCACAGGCAGUGUGGCUCAGGAUGUUGUGCAGCUGCAAAUGUCCAAGCAGUGCAACUGCCUGGGGCUUCCUUGCGGCAAUGUCUCACAGUCCCACUGCCCACCAGCUAAGAUUUCCCAGCCUCAAAGCCCAUUUCUCAGCCUCAAAGGGGCCCAGGUGGAAGGAAUCAGUUCUGGGCAGCAACUCAUAGAUCCACUUCACUCAGAGUCACCUCAGUGCAGGCAGGAAUGUUAUAAGCUACGAGACAAACUCUUGGUAUCAGAGGCCACUAUACAGGCUCAGCAGACUCAGCUGGAAGAGUAUCGGGUGCUCCUCCGUGAGCCGGUGGUGAAGCAAGACAGUAAGCAGAUACAAGUGGAUCUCCAGGACUUGGGCUAUGAGACCUGUGGGAGAAGUGAAAAUGAAGUGGACAGGGAAGAGAUCACCAGUCCUGAAUGUGAAGAUCAUAUUGAUGAGUUAAAGACUUGGAAGAAGCUGCUGGGUUCCCAUGCAAGCAAGCUGGAAAAGCAUGACUUGAGCCAGUGUGAGGAUGUAGCCAUUCUCCGCCAGCACAUCCAGGCUCUGCAAGGGCAGCUGCAGAGUUCCCAUAGAGUCAUCCGGAACCUACAAAGCCGUGUGCACUCCGUAUCCACUACCAGUGACUAUGCCUCUGGGGGCGAGCAUCCACUGAAGAUGAAGGAGACCUACGCCCUGGCCAGUUCUCCUUCCCACAGCAUCACUGAUGAAGAUGAAGGCUGGCAGUCGGACAGCUUUGGGUCAUUUUGCCCUCCGAGUCUCCAGCUCAACAAAGAUCUGGCCAGGCUCAUCCAGAGAGUAUCCCAUCUUGAGGCUCAUCUGGGUGAGACCAAGCCGAAACUGCCAUUGUCAGAAGAACUGAAGCCUUCAGCAACCCUGGGGAAAUAUGACUCAUUGGUCCAAGCUCAGGCUCGGGAGCUCUCUCAUCUGCGGCAGGCGAUGCGGGAAGGACAAGGGUUGUGUUGCAUGCUGAGCCAACACUUCAGGAACACCAUCAAGUCCUUUGAGGAUCUCCUGCAGGGCACCGACAUCGAUUACUUCUUGGCGCAGAGCUUUCGAGAACAACUGACACAAGGGAACCAGCUGACAGGGCGGCUGACCAGGAAACUGAGCAGUCGGAAUGAUUUAAACACGGAGGACAAAUCAAGCCAUGAAGUGCUGGCUCUACGGUUGAGCAAGGAGCUUGAAGAGAAGGAACAACUCAUCAAGACUCUCCAGGCUAAGCUCCAUGUGCACUCCGUAUCCCCUUCCAGUAACCACAGCAUGUCUGAGUCAUCCCGCUCUGGCAGUAGCACGUCCUUUCUCUCCGAUGGCUUGGAGGGCUGCUCUGACAUGGAGGAUACCACUGAGUACAGUUCUUACCAGGAGGAUGCCGGUGGAGACCAGUUCCACAGCCUCUCAGCAGACAAAGAUCUUGGCUGUCAACUUGCCAAAACCUCUCUUCAACCAUCUCACUCCUCUACUGCUCCAGCAGAAUCCCCCCAAAGAAACUUUUCUCUGCCUCCUUCCCAGCGUGCCUUGAUGACAGUCAACCAGGCUUCCAGAGGCUUCCAUCCUGAGCCCUUGCCCAAGCCACCUAGUUUCCCUUUGUUUCCAUUUGAGCCCGAGCCCUCUUCCUUCAUGCCUCUGGGUCCUCCUCCUCCUCCAGCUCCUGCUCUACUCCUUGGCUGCUGCAGAACACCGGUCUUCUCAUUGGCCGAGGCACAGCAGGAGUUGCAGAUGCUGCAGAAGCAGCUGGGAGAAAGCAUAAAGGUCUCUGCACCAACACCAGUAAAACCAGGGCCACUGACUGGCCUUUCUUCUACAGGCAGCCCGGCUCUCCCUUCCAAAGACUGUCUCACAGGCUGUCCACAUUCUCCUCAGUCAUUUCCCAUGCAGAACUGUCCUGAGUGGGGCAGGAAAUCUGGAGGAUGCAUUGCGGGGAGCAGCCCGCUCUGGUACAUGCCUCCCUUCAGACAGACACAAGACAAACCUGUCUCUGGAACCCCGCCAUCAUGUUUGUCAGCAGCAUUUUCUGGCCAGAAGCUCUCAGGUGCUACUUUGUUGGAGGAACAUCUGUCUGAGAUCCGAAUACUCCGCCAGCGCCUUGAGGAGUCGAUUUGCACCAAUGACCAUCUGCGGGAGCAACUGGAGACACGCCUAGCCUCAAUGGCAAAACCCAGUGAGCUAGAGUGCCUCCAGGCAGCUUUGCUAGCAUCGCACUCCAAGAUGCAGGAUGGCAAAGCUGUGCUGGAGCAGCAGCAAAUUGACCAGCAGAAGCUACAGGAGGAGAUCCGAGGCAAACAGCAAGACUUGAUGCAACUCCAGGAGAAGUUUGUGGCUUCGCAGAUGAACAAUUCCAGGCUUCAGGACAGAGUGACAAUUCUCCAACAGCAGUGUGAUGAAAACCAGCUCCUCCUUCAAGCCCUGCAGACUGAAUUGCAUUUAUAUGAGUCAACGUGCCCAGUGCCACAGCAGGCCACCACAGAAUCUCAUGGGCAGGAAGACCUGGUACCAAUAGAUGGUGUCAACAAACAAGAGAUCCAUGUCAUAGGUCAUUUCAAGGAUUUCUGUACCCUUCAGAAACAGAUUCUGGAGGGCAAGAAUCUGAUCCACAGGAUGGGAUUGCUCCUGCAGCCUGGCCUGGAGUCUCAGAGCAACAAGGUCUUCUAUAUCGAAGUCAUCAAGCAGCUGCUGACUAGUGCUAGCUGUUUGCAUCAGAUCAUGGAGAAGUCAGCUACCAUCCUUUCAAUGUUCUGGAAAGCACCUCUCCAUGUCCCUCGGAUCUCUUCUCAAGAUCAGUCGAUGAAGAUUGAGAUUCAGCUACUCAGAACAAAACUGGCAGAGCAAAAAAGUCACUUGCAAAGCACCAGAGAUGUCAAGGAGAGCAUGGAGAACUUCCUCCUCACUCAUUUGACAAGAACAUAUGAUGUAUUAAGGAAAGCAAGGACUAACCUGGAGGGAAUUUCCCAACAACCUACACCUAUUUCUGCCACCAUGUGACCAUAUUCUCGCCUGCGGUAUGAAGGAAAUGGAGCCAUGCCCAGGAAAAAAGAGGAAGAAGAAGAAAAGCUCCAGCUAAUUGCUUAUCGCUACCAAAGUGAGGUCUCAGAAGCAGCCUGGCAAAUCUUCGAGUUCAGAAUUCAUCUGGGAAGCUCCCAAUAUCUGCUGCUUUAGGGUGAAACGCCCAUGGCAUCUAGGGUAUAGCACAAUGACCUCCAAAUAUGCCCUGGAACAACUCUAUUUCCAGAGACUGAUCUGAAACUUGUUUGGAAAUGCUUCAUGCAUCAGUGCAAUAUUAGAAAAAGAAAAGGGUACUGCGGUGCACACUACGGUCAGAAAGAGGGGUGUUCUUAAAAAUAGCUUGAAUUCCAAAGCUGCCCUCGUGUGCCUCAGUGAGACUGGAUGUUUGUGUGCAGCUUAGAUAGUUCUAGCAUUCUCCUGCACCAAUUUAUUUAUUAUGCUGCUCCAAUUAUCAAUCAGGGUGUGUCAUAUAUUUUUGCCAAUAUAUUACUUUGCCCCACUUAUGUGUGGCCUUGACAUAUACUCUUUAUAAGUGUGAGCACUGGAUUAUUAGGAAGGGAAGAAGAGCAAAGCUCUCCAGUUUCAACACACUUCGACUACUCACUUUCUGAAGUUCCUUCUAAGCUAGGUAUCCUUACCUACCCCUUUCAGUGGAUAUUGUCAAAAGUCCUCACUCACUUCAGGGUUUCUGGUAACUGCUUUGUAUAGGGUGAACAUCAAAAGUUUUAUUACAUACUACAAUGCAGUUACAAACCUUUUAUAGUUCUGUAUGUUAUAAAAAAUGUGAGUGGUUGAAAAAAGGGGUGCAAGGAAAAGGCUUUGCUUAGAUUUCUGGAACUCGAUAAUUUUUCCAUUUUGUGAUCUGAAUUCCCAAUAAAGUUUUUUUUUUAAAAAAACGG